CUCAAGCUCCGUGCGGCAGCGAGUUGCCUCAGAGCGAGAGCAGCCUCCUGCACGGAUUAAGCACAGAUCUCAUAAAUAAGUUCAGGCGCAGCGCCCGACGACAAAUCGCCAGUGCUGAGUGGCCCACAGUGGUAGCGCGCACUACAUCAACCAAAGACAGCACCGCACGCCGCCGCCGCGGCGCAACAAACGCAGCAACCAUGGGCGACUCCGAAAGCAGUUUGUUCAGCUUCUUCUUCUACGUGCUCUUCGUGUAUCCCGCGACGAACUGGCUCCUGAAACCGGGCCGCUUCUCGCGGACGAAGGGCCUGACCUAUGCCAUUUCGCUGUUAGUAGCGAUCGCGGCCGUAAAAACAGGUUUGGAGCUCAAGGAGCAGGGCCCGAACUACUACCAGCUGAUGAAGGUCGGACGGUCCGCGACAGCUUUGGAGAUCAAGAGAUCCUACAAAAAGAUGUCCCUGGAACUGCACCCGGACAAGAACCCGUCGGCGACGGCGCUGGACGACUUCGCGACGCUCAAGAACGCCUACGACGUCCUGAUGGACAUGGACGCGCGGGAGGUCUACGACCGGUUCGGGCCGGAAAAAUUGAAACAGAAGGUCGCCGUCAUCGACGAGUACAAAGUUUUGGUCGAGGUGGCCAUCUUCUACGCGGCCUGGGGCAUCAUGACCUGGAUGCUUACGUUAGGGAAGCACAACUCGAACGCGCGGCAGUGGGUCUUCACCGGUUCGAUGCGGCGUCUAUGGCGGCGACGGCGUGAAGGCGGUCGCGUCGAUGGCGUGGGGGGCGGCGGAGAGCUCGCAUCGCGUCGUCACGUCGACGGCGUGGCCGGUGGAGAGCUCAGAGCCGCCGUCGUCGCGCCCGUCGCUCGGGAGCGUGGGCUGGCGGAGAGAUCAGAUAAUACCGUCACCGCGACGGGAGAGAUCGCACGCCGUCGCCCGGAGAUAUAACAUAACGCAAAACGCGCAGGCAUGAUCGCGAUGCUCGUCGUCGAGGUCAUGAUGCUCCUCAAGGAGAUCGAGCUGCCGGCCUGGUUCCUGCCGGCGAUGACGGCCCACGAACUGAUACAGCUCGGGCACAACCUGUUUCCCGCGUUCCUCAACGGCUGUCGGUGCAUCGGCGCGUACCUGUUCGUGGAUUUGGACGGCCACCAGCGCGCGCUGUUAGGAGCUUUACAUGAACAGAACAAGGAAGUAUUAAGGGCACUGCGAGACAUCCAGACUUCGAUCCAGAACGGCGGCGGCGCCGGGCCGGCGCGGCCGAUGAGCGUGGGAGACGCCAUGCGCAACCUCGAGGCCGAGCUCGAGGGCAAGGACAUCAAGCACCCGUCGGAGGUCAACAUCUUCAGCGACGGCUUCCCGGACGGGAAGAAGAAGUCGAACGCGAACCUGUACCUCAUGAUCGGCGGCUACAUCGUGCUCUACUACAUCUUCGCCGGCAACCAGGCGGCCUCGGCGUAAUAUCUAUGAGACG